AGAGUACUUGUCGUUCUGUUCUGAGGACAAGUACUCUCUUCGAUUGCACAAAAUCAAAAACUUGGCGUCUCAAACGCUUUCCUAAUCCAAAUUACUCUGAAGACUUGUUCUGCUAUAGAUUACUACGCUUUCUUCCAUAUAAUCAAUCGAAUGUGACCUCUCCUUCUUCGCCAACUAUUCUCACUACCGUUCUUCUCUAUGCCUCUCUCUCAUUUUCAUCUUCUAGAUUAACAUCAUCUCCUACAGCCUUUUUCAUCGCCAUUAAUCCAAUCAAAAUCACUUUUUUCCAUCUGGGUUUUCUUGUUCUUGUUCUUCUUCCAUUGGCAGUUUGCACACAUAUAUAUAUUUCUUUGUGUGUGUCUCUCUCACAUGGCUACAGCCUCGUGUGUCACAUCUCCGCUGUGCACGUGGCUUGGGCCUGCUUGCAUGUCGGUCACGUGCGGAGGGGACCAAUCCACGUGUCCUUCCAUGUUGGGUUCCUCCUCGUACAUGCACAGCAACAAGCGACUCUUUGGCAGCAAAUGGGGUCGGAGGAAGAAGAGGGUGUUCUUGUCUAAAUGUAGCUCCGAAUUGCAGAGCCAGAGGGACUUGAGUUCCUCUCUCUGUGGAUCCAGCUUUCAGGGCCCCACGACUUCUUGCCGAGCUUUCGAGCCUUGCAAUCAGUACUAUGCCUCCAACGCUUCCUUUUCCUCUCUCUUCGGAUCCAGCAAUGAUCGUGUUCCUUCAAAUCGGAGACACACCCGUUUCAAUCGAGCCGUCCAUUCAGGGGAAGCCAUGGCUGUUGCUGUGCAACCUUCCAAGGAAGUCGCAACAAAAAAGAAACCAGUCACAAAGCAAAGGCGAGUAGUUGUGACAGGGAUGGGUGUGGUGACCCCACUUGGUCAUGAUCCAGAUGUCUUCUACAAUAAUUUGCUUGAGUGUGUCAGUGGCGUAAGUGAGAUAGAGGCUUUUGAUUGUGCCCAAUUUCCAAUGAGAAUUGCUGGAGAGAUCAAGUCUUUUUCAACUGAUGGAUGGGUUGCGCCAAAACUUUCCAAGAGGAUGGACAAAUUUAUGCUUCACAUGCUUUCUGCUGGGAAAAAAGCCUUGGCAGAUGGUGGAAUUACAGAAGAUGUAAUGAAUGAAUUAGAUAAAGUGAGAUGUGGAGUUUUGAUUGGCUCAGCAAUCAGUGGCAUGAAGGUUUUUAAUGAUGCGAUUGAAGCCCUAAGGAUCUCAUACAAGAAGAUGAAUCCUUUUUGCGUACCAUUUGCAACUACAAAUAUGGGUUCUGCCAUGCUUGCAAUGGAUCUGGUCAACUUACUAUUUUUCAACUUUGUGAUACACCUUGAUGGGUUUUGGGCUGGUGUUAUCCUUUGCGUAGAAAAGGCAUUAGCUCAGUCUGGGGUAUCUAGGGAAGAUGUGAAUUACAUAAAUGCACAUGCUACAUCCACACCAGCUGGAGAACUAAAAGAGUAUCAAGCACUUCUUCAAUGUUUUGGCCAGACUCCUGAGUUAAGAGUGAAUUCUACAAAAUCUAUGAUUGGUCACCUAUUUGGAUCAGCUGGUGUGGUGGAAGCUGUUGCAGCGACACAGUUGAGGAUGCAAAUGGAUCAAAGCAUUACUCAUGGGGUUGAGGUGAUCGCACCAAAACGGCAUCUCGUCUUCGCCUACUACCUCACUGGUCAUGGCUUUGGCCACGCCACUCGUGCCGUCGAGGUUGUCCGUCAUCUCAUUCGAGCUGGCCAUGAUGUUCACAUGGUUACAGGCGCUCCUGACUUUGUGUUCACUUCUGAAAUACAAUCACCAAGACUCUUAUUUCGCAAGGUUGUGUUAGACUGUGGAGCAGUUCAAGCAGAUGCUUUGACAGUUGAUCCAGUUGCCUCCUUGGAAAAGUAUUUCCAAAUGUCAGUAUUACCCCGGGCAUCAGUUUUAGCAACCGAAGUUCAGUGGCUGAACUCUAUCAAGGCUGACUUAGUGAUUUCAGAUGUUGUUCCUAUUGCAUGCCGAGCAGCUGCAGAUGCUGGAAUUCGUUCUGUUUGCGUCACCAACUUCAGUUGGGAUUUUAUCUAUGCGGAAUAUGUGAUGAUGGCUGGAUCUCACUAUCGCUCAGUCCUUCAGCAGAUUGCUGAAGAUUAUUCCCAUAGCGAGUUUGUAAUCCGUCUACCUGGGUACUGCCCAAUGCCUGCAUUUCGUGGUGUUAUUGAUGUACCCCUUGUCGUGAGGAGAUUACACAAAUCUAGAGAAGAGGUGAGGAAAGAUCUUGGAGUUCUGGAUGAUGUGAAACUAGUAAUUUUUAAUUUUGGUGGGCAGCCAGCUGGUUGGAAGUUGAAGGAGGAGUACUUACCUGCUGGUUGGUUGUGCCUGGUUUGUGGGGCUUCAGACAAUCGGGAGCUUCCCCCUAAUUUCAUAAAGCUUGCAAAAGAUGUUUAUACGCCUGACCUAAUAGCAGCUUCAGAUUGCAUGCUCGGAAAGAUUGGAUAUGGCACAGUCAGUGAAGCCAUGGCAUACAAGGUGCCAUUUAUCUUCAUACGUCGAGAUUAUUUUAAUGAAGAACCGUAUUUGAGAGAAAUGCUUGAGUAUUACCAAGGUGGUGUGGAGAUGGCCAGAAGAGAUAUGCUCAGUGGAUGUUGGAUACCCUACCUUGAAUGUGCUGUUAACUUGAAACCGUGCUAUGAGGGAGGUACCAAUGGUGGUGAGCUGGCUGCUCAUAUACUACAAGAUACAGCUGUUGGAAAGAAUUGUGUUAGAUAAGGGGCAAUUCUGUAAUUUUCUGUUUUCUGGACAAGGGAUGUGCUAGUGGUCCAUGGGGACUUAUGUUGGAUUUUAUCAAGUAAUUGGAUUUUUAUUUGCGAGUUUAGUUUGGGCUUAGUAGUAAAGUCAAGGAACCCACAUCUUAUUAGGGUUUCAAGGAGUCCAAGUUCUAGCAGCUUUAGGUGUUAGCCACAUAUUUAUAUAUAUAAUGUAAGGUCUUAUGUUUGAUUAAUAAUACAUACAUUUAUGAAGAAUUCAGCAACCCUCAGUGUGAUGCUUAGGCAUGUUUAUGCCAAUAUUAAAUCUGAACUUGCAGGUGGGGUUGUGUAUCCUUGGUUUACUCCCAAGGGAUGGGUCCAAAGGGCCCUACCUUGGUGAGGAUCCACAUCAUCAAAAAUAAAAUAAAUAAAUCUGAAUUUGCGAUCUAUUCGUACCCUAAAAUUUUAAUAUUUGAAACCCUAAACCACCCAUUCAUCAAUCAACUCUCUACAACCCUCAAAACAACAUAAGACCGUUUAUGCUUACAGUUUGCAACCUAGACCAGCCCCCAAUCCUCAAAAAUUUCCCUUUGUUUCUUCUCCAAAUCCUAACCUUUCCCUACACUUUCUAAAUCCAUACAUUCCUAAUGUUUUAUUACCUUUUCCCGAAUCCCACCAAAACCCUAACCCUAGUUCUUUAAUAAUCCCUAUAACUAGUAGCUGUCCAGAACUUCUAGAUCAAAGUUGGCUUCGUUACCCAUUGCCCCCCCCCCCCUCUCUCUCUCUCUCUCUCUCUACUCCAUUUGUGUCAUACAUUUAUCCAUCCAUUUGUGGACUGUAUUCAUUUUCGCAAUAGGGUAAAAAGUUUCCAAUCAUUCUUAUGACUUGUUCAGUUUGUUUGCUUAUCAAUUACUUCCUGCAUACCACUUUUUUUUCAAAAAACUUUUAAUUCAUUUUUAUUUUUUUUUAUUUUUUAUUUUUAAAGAUGCAAGUUUCCAAAAUGACCCUCAUUAAUUUAAACUUUAUAGAAAGAGAGAAAGUUAUCAACAUUAUGUUUAUUUACUUUUCAAAGAGGAUUAUAUUUUGGGACAUCCCAAAUAGAAUACAACAACAAUCAUGUCUUGAUCCCAUAAUCUUGGGGUUAGCUAUGAAUCUUUAACAGAUUAGUCAAGGUCGGUAUAACCUUUAUAAGCAUAUAACUUGACCAUUUUUGCUAAAUGAUACUAUUUAAAAAUGAUUUUGUUAAUUAGGAUUGUUUUUGAAAGUAUUUGGAGAUAUAACCUUUUUUAAAGUUCUAGCAUGAAACUCAUCUCUUGAUGAGUUGCACUGCAAACAAGGAACUCAACAAGUUUGACUUGUCUCUCUCAAGAGAUGAGUUUCGCUAAAACAUGAAACUUGUCUCUUCAGAAGACUAGUUCAGUGCCGAAACUUGCCUCUCCAACAUACGAGAUUCAAAUAGGCUUUUACCAAAAUAACUUUCAAAUAUUUCUAUCUUACCAAAUAAUUUUUUU